UGUGUACAGACGCUAAUUUUCUGAGUGAAUUUUCAAUACAGAGAGUUAGUUUAGAUUCAGUCAAACAACCACAGUGCACAAAUUUGAUACAUUUUCACUGGACAAUAUCUUCAAGAUUAUCGUCCGUGUCUGAGGAGAGUGUAGAGAGCCAGUUGAGUGUCAUGGAGGCCCCUCCUGUGGAGCAGAGCUCAACAGUUUCAGAAAAGCAUGCCAGCAAGAGGAAGAAGAACAUAAUUUCUUGUUUCUUCAAGAAAGUACGUAAGGCUGUGAAGCUUCCCAUCUGCUCCAAGAACACAGUGGACUGUCUACCACAGCAGGACCCACAGUUUGACAACUCUACACCUAGCCUGGAAGGGUUGAAUGACGCCGCUUUAUCCAGUUCGGAUGGCUGCCCAGAGCAGUCCAGCUUCACACUUCCAGGUGAAGUGCUUGUUGAGCCAGUAAGGGCUUCAGCUUGCCUGAAACUAAAGACAGCAUCCAGAUUAGAUGACUCUAUACCUAAUGUCAUCAAUGAGGGCAGUACAGACAGACCGAAAUUGGAGGCUUCAGUUACAAAAAAGGGUACAGAAGAACGUAGGAAGAGGAGAGGAAUCCACUCUUUCUUCAAGAGCGUGUGGAAGGCUAUGAAAAAGCCUUUCUGCUGCCAGAACAAAGUGGAGCCUUUUGUGCCUCCACCAGAACUGGAUGAUCCUGAGCUGUCACCUGUCCCAGAGCCUUCAGACUGCGUCCCAACUAAUGAAUCCAUUAGCACUCGCUAUAUAGUGCAAAAUAUUAUUGGAGAAGGAGGCUAUGGCAAAGUGUAUGAGGGAAUCCGUAUUUCCGAUGGCAAAAAGGUUGCCAUCAAACGUAUUAAAAAAACUGUACGGGAUCAUUAUCUUCAAACUGUAAGCUGGCAAAACAUAAUAUGUAUUUAG